ACUAGAAGAAGAAGAAGAAGAAGUGAAAGCACGCAGCGUUUGUCCAGGACUGUAGAGGUAGAAGACAGGAGGAAAGUAUAAUGAACGCAGAUGAGAGAUAUUUAAAUUAAAAUAUCGAUUCAAUUACAAUUGUAUCGAUCUGAUACCAAUACCAGUAUUGGCAUCGAUCGAUAUUUAGAUCGAUCUGCCCACCCCUACUUCGCACUGGGAAAACAUGAAGGAACAUUGUAGCCUAUAUUGUGUGCAUGUUGGUAGUGUUUUUGUGCCACAGCUUGCUUCGACGAUGGCGAAACGUGAUUGGUAAAAGUUUUGUCAGAAUGUUGCAAAUAAUGUCUGAAUUGCAAUUAUUAAAUGUGUCAGCAAAGCCACGAAAAUCUCGGAGGAACUGACAGGAUUCGGGUGCGAAUGUCCAGUAGCAGAAUCGGGCAUGCAUUGUUAUUGGCUAGAUCAGUACUCCCUGAGAAAGGGGGAUACAGUGACUAUAACUGCAAGCAGGAGAGGCUCUUCUUUUUGUGAACUUGUAAUGGAUCGCUGGAAAGGCAGGGUUGCUCUGGUCACUGGAGCUUCGGUGGGAAUCGGAGCCGCAAUCGCGAAGUCUCUUGUCCAGCAUGGCAUGAAGGUGGUCGGCUGUGCCAGAAAUGUGGAGAAUAUAGAGAAACUGGCAGCAGAAUGUGUCAGUAGUAGAUUCAGUGGCACUCUGAUCCCAUAUAAAUGUGAUCUGUCUGUAGAAGACGACAUGUUAUCCAUGUUCUCCUGGAUCAAAGUUCAGCACCAGGGUGUUGAUGUGUGCAUUAAUAAUGCAGGUUUGGCUCUCCCAGAGCCUCUGUUGAGCGGCAAAACCAGUGGCUGGAGGACUAUGAUGGAUGUGCAUGUCAUUGGCCUGUCAGUGUGCACCCGAGAGGCUUACCAGUCCAUGAAAGAAAGAAAAGUUGAUGAUGGUCAUAUCAUAAAUAUUAAUGGUAUGUGUGGACAUCGCGUCCUCCACAACGCUGAUUUACACUUCUACACUGCUACCAAAUAUGCAGUGACGGCUCUCACAGAGGGUCUCCGGCAAGAGUUACGAGAGGCCAAGACCCACAUACGUGCCACAGCUAUAUCUCCUGGCUUAGUGGAGACGGAGUUAACCAACCGGCUCUUUAGUCAAAACCCAGAAAAGGCUGCUGCUACCUAUAAAAGCAUAAAGUGCCUGCAAGCAACUGACGUCGCAAACGCAGUGGUGUUUGUCCUGAGUGCUCCUCCUCAUGUUCAAAUUGGUGACAUUCAGAUGAGGCCUGUGGAGCAGCUGACAUAAACUGAACAGGGAAACAGGAUGAAGCAUCUCUUUAAUAAACAUUGUGAAAGUUUGCAGACAAUAAAAGAUCACAAGAAUGUUGUAAAUAA